AUGAAAUUCCAUCAGUUGAGACUAAAAGAUGUUUCAUAUUCAAAUACUUAACUUAAGUAAGAAGACCGUCAAAUCAAAACGGAGUUUGGAAAUUUAAGCACAUCUAGAGUAAUGAAAGAUUCAAAUAAUAAUAAUAGGCUAAAGGUGCAGUAAUAAAACAGUUUGUUACAGAGGAUAAUGAUACUGGAAGAUCAUGUAAUACUGAGAAAGAAUUAUUUACAAAAAUGCAGAAUUUAGAAUUUUAGAAUGGUUUAUUUUAAAUGCAGAUGUAAAUUUAAUAUAAAUCGUGAUUAUAGGUAACAUAUUCACAAAAGAAAGAAUAUAGAGGAUUUUACUAUCAGAUAGUAAUUAACUUAGAUAUAACAAGAUUUACAAUGUAUUCAAAAUAGAGUUUAAUCUGUUAAAGUAAAUAAUGUUAAAAUAUUCGUUAAGAAUAAAAGCAGUAGAAAGAAAAUAAGCUUAAGUUCAUCAUCAAGCAGUAGCGAAGAUGUAGGAAGAUUGUAAAUUGGAUUUAAUUAUAGAAAUAAGUAUUAUUUUAAUAGAAUAAAGCUAGGAUUAAAUGCUUUCUAAUUACAAAGAAUUGUAUGAAGUUUGUAAUUAACAUGAGAAAUUGAAUGCCUUGUUUUCAAAUUAUUGUGGAAGCAUAAAGACAAUAGAGAUUGAUAUAGUUUAAUAGAAUUUCUAAUUGCUAAUAUAGUAAUUAAUAAAGAUGAUGAUUGAUAUUUUGAAAAAAUUUAAUUCAAUAAAAAUAGAUCAAUUGAAGAAUACUCCUGAUAAAUAAUAAUGUAAUUUUGAAUUUGGUACAUUCAACAAAGAAUAAAAGAAGACAUUAAGGACAACUGAAAGUCCAUCUUUUAAGAGGAAUUAGGAUUUAGAGGAAAUGAAAUUAAAAUUAAAUGAUCAUUAUGAUAAAUAUGAAUAAGAAAAAGAAAAUAAAGGAUAAGAUAUAAAUAAAAAAUAAGAUAAAGAUUUAUAGAAUCAAAAGAAAUAAAUAGUUCAUAAUAAUAAUAAUAAUAAUAAUAAUAAUAAAUAAAGAAUUGAUUUGAUUCCAAGCUUAAAAAGGAAAGCCAAACUUAGAUAAUAACAUAAUAUUUGA